AUGCAACUCCCACAAUAUCCGAAGUGCACUCCGAAUUUCGUCCAAUACUAUUUCGAAUCAGAAGCGCAACUUCAAACUACCGGAAAUGCUCGUCUCUACAACACCUCUUUGCUUUCAAUGGGAUCUGAGACUUUAUGGAAUGACAACUUGUCGAUUAUCAAGAAGAUCCGAUCGAGACUUUUCCACUUCGUAGGAGGCAGUGUCGAAGGAUCCGCUGGUCCUUUGAUGCUAAUUCUAUUGAGGCUAGAAAGCUACGAGAGAGCAUUGCGUGCACUCGUACAAAUGGAUUUGAUCAACCAUGUGUAG